AUGGCGGACGCUAUAGCGCGUGGAGGUCACACAACUGCUCCGGCAGGUGACGAAACUUGCCCGGAGGCAGUGUCUAUAUCCACGAUGUUAGCUAUGAUCAAGAAAAUCCGAGAAGUUGAAGCGUUCAUUUCCACCCUGGACGGCCAACCCUCCUAUCGCGCAGCUGUAAACGUAUACUACAAGUCCGCCCUCCACCUGACGGGCAAACGAAAAGCUGCACUCUCUCCUGACGAUCGGAACUACAUGGCAGCGUUACUACAUUAG